AUGAAGGACCUCAACUGGGUGCGGAGGAACCGUCAUUUGCAGUGUGGCCCUACUAAGCGGGAUUUCUUCAUUGAGCAGCUGAAGCGAGAUGUAGAGCUGUUGAAGAAGCUGAAGAUCAUGGAUUAUUCACUCCUUGUUGGAAUCCAUGACGUGGAGCGAGGCAACGAGGAGAAAUUGCGUGACAAGACUCUUCAAGUUUUCCAGCCCGGGGGCGACCGCGAAGAAGAUACAAGUGCGAACAUGCUGAUGCGGACACCGUCCAAACUGGAGAAUGAACGCAAGGCCCGCGAGCUCCGCAUGUUGAUCAAACGCGAGCGACCGGUGCCUCUGGAUAAAGCAACCGCCAAGAUGCCGGAUGAAAUCCUCGAUGAGCGCCAGUAUCAUGUCUUCUACGCUGAUGAUGGUGGGUUUCGCGCUACGCACGAGAAUGGCACGGCCGGCGAGGAGAUCUAUUAUCUUGGCAUCAUCGAUUGCCUGACGCACUAUGGCAUGGUCAAGAAAAUAGAAAACUUCUUCAAGGGUCUUUCGAAUGAUCGAACGCAGAUCUCGCCUAUCCCACCGGAAAGCUACGGUGACCGAUUCAUCAACUUCGUCAAAGGAAUCACAAUGUCCAAGGAAGAAGCUGAGCGUCGCCGAGAAUCUAAAGCAUCUGUUCGACCGUCGAACGAGAAACGCCGUUCUCGCUCCUCCUCUGUCGAGCGCACGAUGCAGGCUGCGGAGAAAGAGGCCGCUAAGGAUGUCUCCGUUACACACCCGCGUACUCUCGCCACCGUAUGGGAUCCCGCAGAUGCAGGUGGCCCUGGCCCGACCUCGACUCUUCCGAUUGUCGACGAAGCCGGUGAGGCGAGCAGCGUCGGCGGACAUAGCUCGCACAGUCGACACGGAAAUCACUUGUCGGACAAGGACCUACCUCCUCCUCCGGUCGAUGAAGGGCCUCAGUCCUCGGCCAAGGGCAAGCAAGUGGACCGCGGUGACGGCCUUCUCAUGAGCCCGAGCCGGCGGUAA